CUUUUGAAGAGGAAGAACAACUUUCUAAAAAUGAACACAUGAAAGGCCAGCAAGGAGAUGGGAAUACAAAAGUCUUGCGUGCUUUAAACACCAGAGGGCAGUUUGGUUAUCUUGAGGUUUCCAGCCUGUUGUAUGACUGUCUUAUUAGACAUAAUGAACUUUGGAAGAAAGUUCUGACAAAGACUGUGUCACUGGACUCUGUCAGGGAAUAUCUUGGAGAUGAGAAACUUUUCAGGUUUAAGGACCUAAUAAACAGCCUCAGAGACAUGGUUGAGAAAAGAUUUGAAUUUUUCGACACUUUUUUCACAUAUUCAGAGUCUUUGAAACAAGAUGAUCAAUCCUACCUUUUCACAACAAUAGCAGAAUGUUACAAAAAAUAUGUCGGAGAUGCAGAACCAAAUGAUCAACUCGAAAAAGCCUUCCACAAACUUAAACAAAAACUGGCUGUCACUUCUCCGGGAGUACUUUCAUGUAUUGAAAGAUGCACUAGAUCAGACACCAAGGACAUUGCUGUAUGGUGGAAAGAAAUCUGUCAACACAAAGAUUCUACUAGACAUGCCUUUGCCAACUACGUUUUAGCCAAUAUCAUGCUGAUAAAUAUGAACGAAACUCCCUCCAGCUCCGACUACCAAAGCAUCUUUACAGAGAAAAAGCCACUAGCUCCUGAGAUGCAACCCGAAUUUCACAUGUUAGCCCUGUUUGUAUUUUGGCCUACAGAUAGCGAAGAUAAAUUGGCCUCAGACCCCCAUUACUUUAUCAAAACUUUUCAACGUUCCUAUGAACAAGAAUAUAAGUCACUCUUUCAGUCAAGGUACCUUCGGCCCCUGUUUUUUCUUGGACCGGGUCAAGGUCUUAACAGACUUGUUCACAGACGCAACCUUGAAAUCUUGUGGACUCAAGAUGCACUAAAAGCCUCAAACACAAACUGGAGGAACGACGAUAUUUUCAGAGAUCCAACAGUCCAAGACAAACUUCUCAGAGUUGAAGGGGUGGUGCGAAAUUACAGGCUGUAUGCAACACUCAGUGGCAAAGAGAUUGAAUUGGGUGUUAACCGAAAAGACAGCCUCUGGAAAUCAGGCCAUGUGUUCUUUUAUCUUGGAUUUACAAUCGGUGGUCCUGUUGCUUACAGCGUUCACAGAAGAACUGAGGGGCCACCUGAGAGAGGUCCGGAGGCUUCUGGCAAUAAAAUGGUAAGAUUGCUGUUUAUGUUUUGUGUGUCUGUGUAAAACAUAUAUAUAUAUUUAUAAAUA